UACCUUACUUUGAUUAUUGGCAACGAUAAACGAUUAUUGCGGAUUGUUCCCUUAUUAUUGAUGACUUGAUACCUACCAUUGGAUAAUUAAAUAUGGCAUUAGGCUUUUAGCUAUCUAGCCAUAACUUAAUUCGAUAAUGCUUUUCUAAAUUAUUCGAAACUGCUCGGCACUAGAUCCCUGAAUCAAGCAUUGGUCUCCACACCAAAAUUGUUAUUUUCCAGUUAGACUUUUACUAGUAGAUGACCUAAUAAAAGUCCUCUACUUCAUAACUCUAAUAUUAAAAGUGAUUAAUCAUUUAAAUUAAAAUAUAUUGUUCACUUGUAGUAUGUUUUAAAUUAAUGAUGGCAGCUAGCUAGCUCCCUUUGGUUCUGCCAAAUCUGUUUAUCAAUCAUUUCAAAUUCCAAAAAAUCCUGCAACAAUUUGACUGUGAAUAGAUUGAGUUUCAUGGAUUUAUAAAUCAUAAAAUGAGAGGGUUUAUGAUUUAAAUCUGAGAGAGUAUUAUAGCUUUAAUAGUGUCUCUGUUCUUCACUCACUAUGUCUCAAAAGAUUCAUCAAAUCUCACCUUCUCCUUCUCCUAUCACCGCUAAUCGAAUAGCCCCGACCGUUCUGUUCAUCAUCGUUCUCGUCUCCGUCGUCUUCUUCCUCUGCAGCAUUCUACAUUUAGCGUUCAGACACUACUUAAAGAAGAAAAGGUCGAGCCUUUCUUCCUCAACGCCAGAUUCCGACAACCAAAACCCAGAGCUUUCAGAUUCCGACACUUACCGGAGACAGCUCCGACAGCUGUUCCAUCUCCACGACUCAGGUCUAGACCAAGCUCUGAUCGACGCCCUUCCGGUCUUCCUCUACAAAGACAUCGUCAAAGGCUCCAAAGAGCCGUUCGAUUGCGCCGUCUGUCUCUGCGAAUUCUCCGAGGACGACAAGCUCCGGUUGCUUCCGGUUUGCAGCCACGCCUUCCACAUCGACUGUAUCGACACGUGGCUCCUCUCGAACUCCACGUGUCCGCUCUGCAGAGGAACCCUUUACCCCCCAGGGCACCAGGAGUUCAGUUUCGAGUUUUUCGCCGCCGGAGACGACGGAGAGAGGGAGCCGGCGGAGAAUGAUAUUAGGUGUGGGAAGAGAGUGUUCUCGGUGAGGCUUGGGAAGUUUAGGAGCAGUAAUAAUAUUAAUGCUAGUGAAGGAGGAGAGACAAGUGGGUGUGUGAGUGUGAACAGUAGUCUUGAUAGCAGAAGAUGUUUCUCAAUGGGGUCUUAUCAGUACAUUGUGGCUGAAUCUGAUCUGGUGGUGGCUUUGUGUCCUAAUAGUGAGACUCUGAAGAGUAGUAAUGUUGAAGGGAAGAAGAUUAACAUGAGAAGUAAAGGUGAGAGCUUUUCUGUGUCAAAGAUUUGGCAGUGGUCUAAUAAAAGAUCAAAGUUUGCUAAUCAAGGAGAAACCAAUCUGGUGGUGGGUGCUUCCUCUUAUGCUUGUUCUGCAUCUGGUACUGGUAGUAGAGUUGUUGAUGGUUUGUCAUUGAAUGGAAGGAGAUUUCAAGGGCCAUGAGAUUAGAAAGGGUAGCUAAUUUUCUGCCAUUGAUUUAUUGAUUUUGAGUUUUUUUUUUUUAAUUCAUUUUGUUAACACUAUACUGUAGUGGUGGUCUUUUGUGUCUCUGUAGCUGAACUGAUUGUGUUUUCUUGAGGGCAAUAAGCUUGUUCUGUGAUUUAUGUUAUAUGUGAUGGUUCUUUUAAUCCCAUGUUCUAAUCAAA